CGGCGGGGCGGUCUCCCGCGAGAGCACCGCACCCUCCAAGGGAGGCGGCGGCGGACAUGUUGGUUGUGGGCACAGGUGUAUUGCGGCAGCGCCGUGGCGGCUCGGUUUUGUGGGUGUUUACCCGACGUAGCGCAUCCUUCUCCUGAGGAAGCGACGUCCGGGUUGAGAAAAAGGCGAGACCACUAGCACCUUAGAACGAUGCGUCCGGGCCCGCUGUCCGCCAGCCACGAUCAUGGCGCUGCCCACUUCAGCACCCUGAUGAGCACGUGAAACGCAGCGAAGCCGCUGCCGCCAUCUUGGGUGAGGGCAAUGAGGCCUCCGCCGCCAACUUGAGCGCGGGUGCGGGACCCGCCGACCGGGGCCGGUGCGGGAGACCAGGCGGGGAGGCCGCGGGCAGCGGGGCGGCCCGGGCCCGAGUGAAGGAUGCCGAGGAGGAAGAAGCCUGCAGAGGGCCCGGAGUCUCGAGGUCAGGAUGGGGAGGAAGAGGAGGAAGAGAAGAGGAACCCAGCCAAUGCCAAGAAGAAGCGCAGUUUUGUGGAUGCGUUUAUUGUUAUAUCCGACAGUGAUGGAGAGCAGGAGUCAAAGGAAGAGAGUGGCUUGCAAAAGAAGAGAACAAAGCAGCUGGAUCGAACAAAGUUUGCUGCUAAAAGAAAAAUUGCACAGAUGACUGAAGAGGAACAAUUUGCACUGGCCUUGAAAAUGAGUGAGCAAGAGGCUAGACAAGUGAACUGUCAGGAAGAGGAAGAGGAGGAGCUCUUGAGGAAGGCCAUUGCUGAGAGCCUCAGUAGCUGUCAGCCCUCAGACUCAUCGACUGCAUCUCCUCAUCUGUCAGUGGGAGCACUAGAUUCACAGGGCCAAAGCCAGCCUGCUGAGAAAGAAGGCUCUGAGAUCCUGGGAGGCCUGGCGUUCUGCCCUGACACCCCUCCCUCUGACUGCAGCUCCCACUCACAGAGCUCCAGAGCUGAUGGGAAUGGACAGAUGGAUGUCGCCCGGAGCCCCUUGGUAGUGUUGAGGAGGUUGAGCCAGGAAAUCGUUGAAAGCUCACUAGUAUCCAGCAUAAUCGUGUCUCCGGGGAAGGGCCAGCCUGUGACAAGGUCAAGUGAAAAGUCUUCCUCACCAGCAAAAAGUGAUUCUAGUAAUAUGUUACCCAGUACUCUGGGAGAGGACUUCAUGUCUUUGAGUCCCACCUUUGGCAAGGUGGCUUCAGGAGGCUCUUGGCGACUGACACCUCGGAGACUGUUCAGCAGCCCCUCCAGCUCUUCUGAAGCAGCAGGCCACGAACCAAAAGAGCAGCUCCUGCCCUGCACUGGCCAUUCUGUGGGAGAAGCUGGUGCUGGGAGCUCAGCCACUCCACUGUGGAAGAGCAGGACCACAGAACAGUGUGACAGCCCCAGGAGGAGCGGUGGAGGAGCAGGUACCAAACACAGCUCACAGCCUGGGCACGCUGCCAAGGUCUGUGUUUCCACAGAGCAAGCAGAGCAGAGCCAGGGGUCUGACAGUACCCCGGAUCUUUGCAUGCUGACUGUGGAGGAGAAGCACAAACAGGAGGAGACGAGAGACACAGUGCACUAUUACUGGGGCAUUCCCUUCUGCCCCAAAGGGGUGGAUCCCAACCAGUACACCAAAGUCAUCUUGUGUCAGCUGGAGGUUUACCAGAAGAGCCUGAAGCAGGCUCAGAGGCAGCUGUUGCAUAAGAAGGAGUUUGGUAACCCGGUUGUGCCCAGUCCUUCCUUGAGCCAAAACGAGCUUGGGAAAGGAGAGGAGAUAAGCAGGGAGAAUGGGGUUGCUGAUGGUACAGAAGAUGGAGACACAGAGGGACAAGAGUCCGAAAACAUCACCUGGCUCCACCCUUCAAAGAGGAGGGAGGCAGAGAGUCCAGGACACAGCACGGAAGAAGAGAAGAACUCCACUUCUGAUGAUGAACCGACCACCAGCUACUGCCAGCCCUCCCAGGUGCUGCCUGCAGAGGAUGUGCCUGAAGAUGGGGAACCCAUGCAAAUUGCACAGAGCAUCUCCACAAUGACCCCACUUGGCAGUAAAAGGAGCCCAGAUACUGCCACAGAAAACUCUGCUGAAGAAGAGAUCUCUGUUUGCCCAGAGACACAGCCAAGCCCACUGGAAGCUGUUGAGGAGAGAGAAGAACUCUGUUCAGACAGCAGAGGUGCACCUAUGCAGGUUGGUGGGGAUGAAGAUGCUGGCAGCACUGUGUCUGAGUGCAGUGCUGCAGCUGCUGCCCGUGUGCUGUGCCCUCUGUGUGACCACAGCUUCCCAGCUGACGAGAUCGAGGUGCACGCCAUGUACUGCAACGGCGCGGCGGGACCGGCGCCUGCCCAGGACGCUCCAGUGCUCACCCGGCGUCAGAGAGAGGCAAGAAAUAAAGCUGCCAGUGGUAAAAGCAGCCCACCAUCCUCAGACAUUGACAAGUGUGAGAAGUGCUACCUCUGUAAGUCACUGGUGCCACUGCUGCAGUAUCAGAGGCACGUGGACAGCUGCCUUCAGGCUGCUCGGCAAGCUCAGGGAACCAGGAGGCUGCGAAGAGCCAAGGACACUGGAAGGCAGGAGAGAGGACUCCUCAGGAUGCUGGAGCUCUCGGAGAGCAAGUCUGAAGGUGCUGACGCGGGGACUCCCCUCACUGGAUUAGACCAGCAGUCCUCUCCCACACUCUCAGCCGCUGAUGGGGAGCCCUCAGCAGACAGCCCCAUCUCCCUUCAGCACCUUCCUUUCCACGUCUCCCCUGCGAAGCCCGGCAUCUCCUUGGAAGCCAUGGAUGGCGUGGUGGACUCGGAGCCAUGCGUGGCUCUCCAUGCGGGCAGCCAGCAGCGGCCCAAAGGCUGCCGCCGGAGAAGGCACAAGUUCUGAGGGUGGCAAUGCUGCAGGGACCCCCGGUGCCCCCUGUGCCCCAGUGAGGGUCUUCUUGGCACUGUACCCCUGCUUCACCUGCAGCCUUUGUCUCCUGCGCCCCUUUUAUAUGUUUUAUACGACCUGUGCUGGGAGCGCUGGGUGGAGAAGUGACUGUGUGUUUUAUAGGUGCCUGUGCAGCUUUGCUCUCUCUUACAGAAAUGGAAAUAUAUUUAUGUAUGUUUUUAUGAAACUGCA